AUGCCUACGCCCUCACGGUCAGAGUUCAUCGCCACUAUCGCAAACACACUGCAAUACCGAAUAGAUUCAACUACAACUAUGGGAUCUCAUCAAGAAUCUUGGAGGCGACUGAAUGUCGGUGUGGUCGGAGGUGGUAUUGGCGGCAUGUCCGUCGCUAUUGCCCUCCGCCGUGCCGGUCAUGAAGUAACCGUGUACGAACGCAACGACUUUGCUGGUGAGGUCGGCGCCUCAGUUUCAUGUGCUGCCAACGGUACAAGAUGGCUUCAUGAGUGGGGCGUGGAUGUCGCAAAGGGUGACCCUGUCGUGCUGCGCAAGCUCAUCAACCGUGACUGGAAGACCGGCGACCCGGUCAGUGUCUACGACCUCGAGGAUUACGAGGAGAAAUGGGGCUACGUCUACAACAUGUUCCAUCGUCAGUACAUGCAUGCGAUGUUGAAGGACUGUGCACUACAAGAGGAGGGAGAAGGCACUCCAGCUAAGCUCCUCGUUAACCAUGCGUGCAAAGAUAUCGACCUAGCCAAGGGUGUUAUCACCUUCACGAACGGAAUCCAGGCUCAACAUGACUUGAUAAUCGGCGCAGAUGGUAUUGGUUCGGUCGUUCGUGGUAUCAUAGGACUUAAUCCAGAGAAGAAGCCUUCGGACCAGAGUUGCCUACAUGCCAAUGUCCGUACAGAAGACGCCGUUCGACUUGGCCUGGUUGACUACUCUCAAAACAGUGCGCUGGAGUACUGGGGCGGCCAAGAAGGCAAGUGGGACAAGAUUGUACUCUCGCCAUGCAAUGGUGGUAGCUUGCUAUCGUAUUACUGUUUUUUCUCGCGAGAGCAGGGUGACUUUAGCAAUCACACCUGGGGCAGUGCAGACCAUCCGGUGGAGGAGCUACUGGAGAAGUACCCAGAACUCGAUCGUCAAGUAUUUUCUCACCUAUCUAUCGGCACAGAGAUCCGUCCCUGGCGGCUGUGGGUUCACCAACCAUAUCCAUACAUCGCUCGUAAUAUGGUUUGUUUACUUGGCGAUGCAGGUCAUCCGAUGAUGCCUCACCAAAGCCAGGGCGCCUGUAUGGCAAUUGAAGAUGCCGCAGCGCUUGGGAUCCUUUUCAACAAGACCUAUUUCACUGGAGAUAUUGCCGAAACCCUUGCCAUCUAUGAUCAAAUUCGAUUGCCCCGAGCUACCAAGGUUCAAUCUGCCGCAGCAAAGGCGGCUUAUAAUAUCAAUGAACGGAUAGGGUUCUCGAGCAAUACUUCAAACUCCGUAUACAAAGUCGAAGAUGAGAAGAAGAAGCUGACUAUUGAAGAGAUGAAUGCGUACGAUAUGUACAAAGAUGUCGAAGAAGCGAUCGCAACGCGCAAAGGGUUGCCUUUCACAGCACCAUACACCAAGGGACUACCAUUCGGCUUGCAGCUGUCAAAUGGAGUGACAGUUGGAAAAUAA